GAAUCAACACUUAAACCAUCAUCUACGAGCGAUUUACUCUGGACUGUGCGAGCCCUCCCAUGUGAUCGUUUCGUCUGGAAUUGGUUUCUUAUUCCACCAAGAUUUCGUGCAUGUGAUCCAGAAUUUCGACCUCAUGAUUUUCCAGAACAAGAUGGAUUAGAAGGGGUGCCAACUGAUUGUUCUUUAUCAUCAUCCAGCUCUUCAUCAUUCUGUCUCCCCACUCCUCAUCAUUCUCGCUUGUCUCCUGCAUCUUUCUCUCUGGCGAUUGCAACCACCUUUUCAGGCACUUUUGCCACCAAGUCCUCAUUCGAUUGGUUCUUACCCUUGAUUCAUGGCUUCAUUGGUCAGGGCAGUCUCUCUGCUUGUGGUCAGCCUCAUCAUCUUACACUGAUCGCGCGUCGCUCACGCCAUUAUGCCGGAGCUCGCUUUCUUAAACGUGGGAUCAACCUACUGGGAGAUGUAGCUAACGAGGUUAACUAUCUUUUCAAUGUCUUAAGUUUAACAUGA